AUGGCGCACGCUCAAAUCUCAGUCACACCAUACGGCGGUACGGAUGCCGAAGAUUUCGCCCAAUUCGAACAACUCUUCAACGGAUUCAUCGGAGUUGCAGGUGUCGCACCACUCCAGCAAGCGAACUUUCUUCAACUCCAUUUGCGAGAUCACGCACUUCGGUUUUACCAAACGUUACCAGCCGCAACCAGAGAAAACGUAGCGAAUAGUCUGACAGCAUUGCGAGACCAUUUCAGUAAUCCUCAACUUCAAGAAGUUCAUGUCUUGAAGCUUGAACAAACUAAAUUUGAUUUAAAGAAGGAUACGCCGGAGAAUUUCUUGGUGACGUUACAGAAAAAAGCGGAGAAAGCAUACCCAACGCCUGAAAUUGCAAUUCCUAACCCAAUUGAUGCAGGAGCAGCGGAUGCAGCUCUCGAAGCAGCACGACAUGCUCGAGAAACUGCCCAACGCGACGAAAGAUUAGACGCAGUCAGAGAAAAUCGGGAUGAACAGCGCAACAAUCAUCCAAACAACAACAACAACAACAACAACAACAACAACAGCAGCAGCAUCAGCAGAAUCGACCGCGAAAUGACUAUAACCGUGGUUUCCAACGAGGAUUUCGCGGAGGAGGCAGAGGUUAUCAGCAGAGACAAUCUUACCAACCCUACCCUGACCAUUCAACCGAAUUCUUCCCAGGAAACCAGUCAAACCAGGGGAAUCAAAAUUAUAGAGGACAAUACCCUCACCAGAGCAAUUUCAGAUCUGGAUAUCGAGGAAGAGGUGGACGUUACCGAAACCCUUACAAUAAUUUCCGAGGAAACCAACAGCAACAGUUCCAACCAUUCUUCCCAAAUCAGAACUACCAAUUUCCGCAACCAAAUAACUAUCAACAACAGUCAGUCCAACAACAAGCACAAAAUGUUGAUAUACAAAACCCAGCCAUGCCAUACAUGCCAGUCAUCCAAGCAACUGCAGUAUUCUGUGAGAACUGCGGAUACCCUAACCAUACAGCCAGUCAAUGUCACUUUCGACAAAAACCUCAAGGAAGGGGACAAUCUUUCCCAUUCCAACAGCAGCCAAAAAACCUCUAAAGCCACCGAGUCAAGAGUCAAGUAA